AUGUCCUCCGAAAAGAUCCUUGACUCUCCAGCGGACACUGAGGCCGCUCCUCAGGAUUACAAUAUCCUUAGUAAUUACUCAGAGGAACAGGUCAUGUCAAUGGCCAGAAACUAUGCAAACAAAUACGAUCUAGACCCCGAGCUGUUUGCAAAAGCCGGAGCAGUGGCUAGGGCUCCCUCCAUGUUCAACUCGAUGCCUUUUUUGAGCGAAGACGAGAAAUCGUCCCUUCAUGAGGAGAUUCACCACCCUUGGAAACUGCCUAAACAAUUGUACUGGCUGAUUUUCAUGGCCUCUAUGGGUGCUGCCGUGCAAGGUAUGGACGAGACCGUCAUCAACGGUGCACAAUUGUUCUAUCCCGACUACUUUGGUUUGGGAGCAGAUACAGACAGAAACAGUUGGCUGGUGGGAUUGAUCAAUUCGGCUCCUUAUCUGUGCUGUUCGUGUCUUGCAUGCUGGACCACUGACUGGCUCAACGAAAAGUUCUCCAGAAGGGGAACCAUCUUCAUCACCUGUACAAUUUCCGCCGUGACAUGUAUCUGGUCUGCAUUGACUAACAACUGGUACCAUCUAUUUAUUUCCCGUUUCUUCCUGGGUUUCGGUAUUGGUCCAAAGAGUACCACUGUGCCAGUGUAUUCUUCCGAAUGUGCGCCGGCUAAAAUCAGAGGAUCUCUGGUGAUGAUGUGGCAGAUGUGGACGGCUUUUGGUAUCAUGUUAGGAGAUGUGAUGUCGCUGGCGUUCUACAAGGUGCCUUCGCAUUCGAUCCACAAGGGUCUCGAGUGGAGACUCAUGCUUGGUUCGGCUUCGCUGCCAGCUUUCUUGGUGAUGAUGCAAGUGUGGUUCUGUCCAGAGUCCCCAAGAUGGUUGAUGGGUAAGGAGAGACACAAGGACGCGUUCCUGGCCUACAACCGGAUCAGAAACCAUCCUAUUCUUGCAGCAAGAGACACAUUCUAUACGCAUGUUCUGCUGCUUGAAGAGAGCUCGUACGAGAUGCCAUUCUUCACCAAGGUGAAGGAGAUGAUCACAGUGAGAAGAAACAGAAACGGAGCUGUUGGUGCGUGGGUGGUGAUGUUCAUGCAGCAGUUCUGUGGUGUGAAUGUGAUUGCGUACUACUCGUCGUCGAUCUUCAGGGAUUCCGGAUUCUCGCUGCGGGAUUCCUUGGUUGCAUCGUGGGGUUUCGGUAUGCUCAACUGGGUGUUUGCCAUUCCGGCCUUCAGAAACAUCGACAAGUACGGUCGGAGAACUCUGCUGCUGUUUGCAUUCCCUAUGAUGUCCAUUUUCCUGCUGCUUGCCGGUUUUGCGUUCUGGAUCCACGACAGAGACGCCAAGGUUGGAGUCAUUGCAUUGGGUAUUUACCUGUUCACGAUCGUUUACUCUGCGUCGGAGGGACCAGUUCCGUUCACGUACUCGGCUGAGUGUGCUGCGUUGUACGUUCGUGAUGUCACGAUGUCGUUCGCUACUGCUACAUGCUGGUUCUUCAACUUCAUUCUGUCCUUGACCUGGCCAUCCUUGGUGCGGGCUUUCAAGCCACAGGGAGCGUUUGGCUGGUACGCGGCCUGGAACAUGGUUGGAUUCUUCCUUGUGUUGUGGCUGCUUCCGGAGACCAAGAACCUGACGUUGGAGGAGCUGGACGAGGUGUUUGACGUUCCGGCACUUGAGCAUGCACGCUACCAGACCAACUACCUGUGGAACUCGAUCCAAAGACACGUGUUCCGCAAAGAUGUUCCGCAGAUGGAGCCAUUGUACAAGACCCACCGCGUUGCCAUCCACAACAAGGAGUGGGAGGAAAUUAAACAGGGCGUGGAGCACGUCGAUUAG